AUGCUCCUAACAUCUGGGCAAGUUUCCGUCGCGAUCUCUUCCUUUAUCGUAUUUUUCUUCACGACCGCACUCUUUCUCUCCGGUUAUGUCCUCCAACAGCAAACAGUGCGUGAUCUAAGAGAAGCUAUCAAGCCCCAAUUUCAAGCAAAAUUGGUGGGGUUGGAGGUUCCAGAUAAUCUAAAUAUCAAAACCGAUAGGAGUGGAAGGAAAGGUCAAGUUGAGGUUUUUUUGCCCGAAAAGUUUCAGAAUGAUGCGGUGCAAGAAGGAAACAUAAGAGCUGAAAACAGGAGAGAUGUAGAGGAAGAGAGUUACGGAGUGGUUGAAGAAAAUGAAAAGGCGAGCGGGGAGGAGAAUGGAGAGUGGAGUGAGGUCGAGCUUGAGGAGAGUGUCAUCAAAAUACAGAAGAACUACAGAAGUGUGGAGGGUGAGGGUGAUGGUGUUGAGUCGGUGGAUAAUACAGACAGUGCUAGGAGGGGAGAAGGGGGAGAGAUUACAAUUCCAGAAAAACCGCUAAGUCGUGCAGAAAGGAGGAGGAGGAUCAAAGAAGAGCUCGUGACAUCAGGGGAAGGGGAAACCUUCAAUGGGUAUCGAAGACGUGUUCCGGGCGCUUGA